AUGCAGAGCAGAGCAGCAGCCCCCGGACAGGCAUCGGCUCAGACCAGGAGGACAGCAAACCCAUCACGCUGGAUUCGACAGACUUCCAGGAAAGCUUCGUUACCUCGGGGGUCUUCAGCGUCACCGAGCUCAUCCAGGUGUCCCGAACACCGGUGGUGACAGGCACGGGGCCAAACUUCUCCCUGGGGGAGCUGCAGGGCCACCUGGCAUAUGACCUGAACCCCUCCAGCACCGGCAUGAGGAGGACGCUGCCCAGCACCUCCUCCAGCGGGAGCAAACGGCACAAGUCGGGGUCCAUGGAGGACGACAUCGACACCAGCCCGGGGGGCGAGUACUACACCUCCUCCAACUCCCCCACCAGCAGCAGCCGCAACUGGACAGAAGACAUGGAAGGGG